UGGUUUAUCCGCCGGCGGGUGGGCGUCGCUGUGGACGAAAACGCUGUAGAGCUAAACGUAUGCAGGGAUAUAAAUAUGUGCUGUAAAGGCUGGUCUGUAUUGCAGGUCGCCUCGGAGAAAGACGUGAGCUGAAUAAAUAUUUAAAGAAAUAAAUAAAUAAAUAAAUACAGAUUUAAAUGAGACUGUUAGCGCAAGGAGGUGUGUUACUGACGGUAGUGGCUGUGAGGUCGAGAGCGACACGCCGGUUGUGCUCCGUCAGGUCUGCACGUCGCGCUGCGUUACCGGCCGAGAGUCCGCCUGAGGUUCCACUCUGACUGGGGAAGGAGGAGGAGAAAAAGAAGUGCGAAAGGAUAGAGCGUGGUGAAAACCCUGCUCAAAAGCCACAAGACGGGAAGGCGCGUGACUGUGUUUUCGCGUCCGGCUCACGGCUCACAAGACUCCAGCCAUGAUGGAUCCCUUCAAAGUCAAAGACCGAAUUCUGGAAAACAUUUCUCUGUCCGUCAAGAAGUUGCAGAGCUACUUUGCAGCCUGUGAGGACGAGGCCCCAGCCAUCAGAAACCAUGACCGUGUCUUGCAGCGUCUUUGUGAACACCUGGACCACGCCCUGCUCUAUGGGCUACAGGAUAUAUCUUUGGGGUACUGGGUCCUGGUCCUGCACUUCACUCGCAAAGAAGCAGUCCGACAGAUAGAGGGCCUGCAGCACAUUGCCACACAUCUCGGUCGCAGUCGAGCCUGGCUAUACUUGGCCCUGAGCGAGAGCUCCCUUGAGAGCUACCUUCGGCUCUUUCAGGAGAAUCAGGGGCUGCUGCACAAGUAUUAUUUCAAGAAUGCUCUGGUUUGUAGUCAUGAUCACCUUGCACUUUUCCUCACGCUGGUAUCAGGACUGGAGUUCAUCCGCUUUGACCUAGAACUGGAUGUACCCUACUUGGACGUGGCUGCCUACAUGCCAGAGUGCUACAAGCCUCAGAGCCUUCUGGACUUUGAGGAGCGACUGCCUGGCUGUGACAGCUUGUCUCUUCACUCAGUCAAUUCCACCAAUCUAGAGUGGGACGACAGUGCGAUUGCCCACUCUAGUGAUGUGGGUCCCUCUGCUCCUGCCAUGGCAGACGGAGAAGCUGCAGACUCCGUGAUCAGUGCAGGUUCUGUGGGCGCUGACCCCAAGCCUGCUGUUGAAAUGUCAGUGAUUUCGGGAGUUGAGGAGCUCAAGGUGCUGGAGACCUCUGCACCGCAGAGUCCCACCUUUAGACAUGGUCCCAUUGAUGAGGACUCCGACAUCAAUACUUCUACCAAUGUCAGCCCUGUCCACGGCACCAGUCGUCAUAGUUCCACCAACGGGGAGGAUACGGAGAGCACAAGCACAGAGCUGGAGGUCAUCCGAAUGGCCCGACGGAGGAAGCCUGGAAAGAGACGACACGGAAAAACGUCUUCAAAGUAUAUUGGGAGAGAGUCCUCUGUCACCCUUCCAGAAGUGUCCUCUGCACCUGAAUCGGAGGAAUCCCGCACCAAAGAGCACUCGGCUGGAAUGGGGCAUCUGCUGGCAUACGGGUCUUGUGGCUCAGAGGCUGAUGCUGUAGCGAUGCGGGCUGAAGGCAUGGGGGAGGAGGAUGAGACAGAGGCAUUACUAAGACUGCCAGAGAUGACAGACACCUCCAUGGACAGUGUGGGCCAGCCCCUCAGAGAGGUCAUGGACCAGCUGGAUGGGGCUUUGGAGCUCAGUGAGCAGGUUUGGGACCGGUCCAUUUCAGAGAGUGGAGACAGCAGCACCAAUUCAGGACCUCCCACACAGCAGCCCUUUCAGGGAGACCCCGAAGGUGAGCCCCCUGACCUCGAGGUCCAAGCAGCAUUACUGCCCCAAGCCUGUGCUCUGGCCCCAGAUUCCAGCUUCUUACAGAGCCCCACGACCACUGCCGACUUCUACAGCGUUGCCCCCCACGGUGCAAACCCUGCUUCCCAGGGUGGUGGCCACAAUGACAUUGCAGGGUAUGGCCAGUCGCAGACUAUUCCUAGUGGCUAUGAAACUGAGGGACAAGGAGAAGCGCCAGAAGGAAAGGACACCAUCCACUCCUUAGAAAAAGAGGAGCAAAUGCAGGUAGUGCCAGGGGAGAAUGGCUCUCCUGUGGGAGAAGAGAAAUUGGUAGCUGGCUUCCAUCCAGCAGAGUUCAGGGUGGACAACAACCACUUGCUGCUGCUGAUGAUCCAUGUCUUCAGGGAGACCGAAGAGCAGCUUGUGAAGAUGGUGAAGAUGAGCACAGGUCACAUGGAGGGGGACCUGCAGCCUCUGUACCUGCUGCUGACUAAUUACUACAUUUACCUGCUUCGCAAAGGAGCUGCAGAGAAGCCAUACAUGGUAGAUGAUGCUGUGUCCUACAGUGAACUGGACUACAUCUCUGUUGGACUGGAUCAGCAGACAAUCACGCUGGUGUGCACCAACCGGAGGAGACAAUUUUUGCUGGAUACAGCAGAUCCUUCGCUGACCAUUUGGUUCCUGGAUGUUUUAAAGUUGGCUGUAAUGAAGAGUAAUCAGCAGCCCCCCUACCCUGCCGUUCUAACAGAUGCUACCAUGGAGAGGCUCUCUCUCACCAAGUUUGUGAGCCAAGAAUCAAACUGUGAGGUGUCUGAUGUCUGUAUCCUGUUCUACUCACUGGUCCACUGGGAGGAUCCUUUGGAUGUUACUGUGGAGCCCCAUGCAGCUGUGGCCUGGUCCUCAAACGGUGUUAAAGAGGGACCGCUGUUAUACCGAGCUGGAACUACCUACAUGGGCAAGGAGCUGUGGAAGAGCUGCUACCUGGUCCUCAGUAAUGGGAUUCUGUACCAGUACUCAGAAAGGACAGAUAGGACACCACUACUAUCAAUCUCAAUGGGGAGUGCAAAUUGUGGGGGCUGUCGGCGUUCCAGCUCCACAGAGCGACCACAUGCCUUCCAGGUCAUCCUGUCAGAGCGUUCCCCGCUGGAGCUUAGUGCCAACAGCGAGCAGGACAUGGCAGAUUGGAUGCAGGUGCUCUGUCAGUCUGUCUCCCAAGGGCAGGUAAUCCCACAGGGAGUGGCUCCAGCCCCCUGUAUCCCAUGCUGCCUUGUUCUGACAGACAGGAAGUUGCUGACGUGUCAUCAGGACUGCCAGACCAGCUUCUUCCGUUUGCUCGGAGAGGCUGACCUCAGUGACAUCACCAGCUUUUGUGUGGAGAGAGACAAAGAAUACUGUAUCAUUGAGUUUACUGAGGACCGCAGUGACUCUCUACUUUCCUGGGUCCUAUACUUCAGCAGCUGUGCAGAGAGGGAUCGGCUGCAGUCAGCAUUGAAGAGGACCUUGACAGACCUCUUUCAGGUGUGCCUGCCACAAAACUGCAUCUCGGACCCAUCUGUGCAGAAGAGGUGUGGCGAGGCACUUGCCCUGAUGAAGAGUGCUUGGCAGCGUAGCGACAGCCUGCAACGAGGCCGAUCCCACAGGGAGCCGUGGUGCUGAGGGAGAGGGGGAAUCGGAGAGGAGCAGGCUCAUGGAAUUGGGGGAGGGCUUGACACAGUGGCAAGAAGGUGGGACUGGUGGAAGGGGGAGCAGGAAGGAGGUGGAACUGGGUUAGCGAGAAGGACAAAGACAGGAAGAAGUUUAGAAGAAAGGAGAUUGCAUUGGGGCAGAGGAGGAGGUGUAAGGACCAGGCCUGGGGGAAAUGCUGGGUAAAUGCAGGUUUCUCAAGUAUUCAUGUCUGACAGAUGCUCUUAUUUACCCGCUAAUUUAGUUGUCUAAUGUCAGGCUUUGUUUUUGAAUUUGAGCUGUUUAAUGGUAAUUAGGAUAAAGGAUUUUUGAAGUCCCUCUGUAAUUAGGUAGGUAGGAAGAAGUGGACUUUUUUGGGGGGUUUGCAUCUGAUGCAUGAGGUCAUUUAAAUUUAACUGGUCUGUCAAACUGAAAUAACUUUUUAAUUGAAGGUUAAUUAAAUGCAAGAAUCCAGGUUGUUUGUUCCCUAGACUCUCAUGGGAAAUAACCUUAUAGAAAUAAGGUUUCUAUCGCUAGCUGUGCUUUGUCAUGCUCUCGACAUGUCUGGCUCAAGAAGUGACCAGGAAUGGGGUGGUUGAAGCCGAAGUUCCUGUUACAUCUGUUCAGACUUUGACACUGAAAACAUAACUCUGUAAAAGCAUGAAGGAAAUUGUUUGUAGAAGAACAACAAAGACUGAAAACGCACAACUGUUCGCCUAAAGAUCCAACAAACAGCUCCACCGUCUUGUCCUUGAGCUCUCUGGGCCUCUUUCUUUAUACAGGCUCCAAGCAGGUGAUCAUACCUGAUGCUGGUUUUCUUAGUCAUGUCCAGGUGUGGGUGCCAGUAUGGGUAGGGAGUGAGUGUGGCUAGGCUCCUAUCUGCCAUAGGCUUCAUUUUUUUAUGUUUCAGUUUCAUUUUACUUUGUACUUCCGAGUACGGUGUUGUAUUUAGCUCUUUAUCCUGUUAGUCGUGUGUUCUACUGUUCACUACACUUUAACAGUUCCCCCACAGCUAACUCAUUGUGUGUUUUAGCACAAGUUCAACCAGGGGACUUUGUACAAUUGUUAAUGUACCUGUAGCUACGUUACUGUAGUGGUAGAUUUAAUACUGUCGAGACUGAUCAGCAAGCUGAGUGGCUGCUCAAAAUAUCCUUCUGACGUGUUGAAGCCUAUAGCUCUAGCGACAAAAAGCAGCAGAACAUCUGAUCCUGAGCCUGCUGGAAGAUGUGGUUCUUGUCUACCUUUUUUUUUUUUU